AUUAUUUGAAAUCAAGUGAAAUGACGCAAAAGUAGUGCAAAUUACAAAACAAAGUUUUAGCUUAGGCUUCCAUCUAACUUUUACUGACUUCGACCGACAUUUCUUUAGAGUAAGCGCACAAACAAAACUAUCAUGGCUCGAAAUGCAGAGAAAGCGAUGACAACUCUGGCUCGUUUUCGAGCUGCUCAGUUAGCUGAACAAGGAAAAGGACAACAAGAACGUAGACCAUUCUUAGCAUGUGAUUGUGAUGACCUUAAAUCUGCAGAGAAAUGGAGGAGACAAAUUAUUGGAGAAAUAUCAAAAAAAGUAGCUCAAAUCCAGAAUGCUGGACUUGGAGAAUUUCGUAUAAGAGAACUUAAUGAUGAAAUUAACAAGCUGUUACGGGAGAAAGGUCACUGGGAAACCAGAAUAGUAGAAUUAGGUGGACCAGAUUAUUCAAAACUUGGACCUAAAGUGCUAGAUCAUGAAGGCAAAGAAGUCCCAGGAAACAAAGGCUACAAAUACUUCGGUUCAUCAAAAGAUUUGCCUGGGGUCAGAGAACUGUUUGAACAAGAGCCUCCACCCCCACAAAGGCGUACAAGAGCUGAAAUGAUGAAGAAUAUUGAUGCUGAUUAUUAUGGAUAUCGAGAUGAUGAUGAUGGGAUUUUAAUACCUCUAGAAAAAGCUCGCAGUGAAGAAUUAGAGAAAGAAGCUCAAGAAAAAUGGCUUCAAAAUAAAGGAAAUAAUGCUGAUGUAGAAAAAGAUAAUGAUGAUAUCUAUGUUGUUCCUGAAGAACCAAUGAGUGACGAAGAAAAUGCAGCUGAAGACACUGCUGAUAAUCCGGCCCAGCCGAGGUUUAUUGCUCAUGUUCCAGUUCCUACCCAAAAACAGGUUGAAGAAGCUUUGGUGAUGCGGAAAAAAGCUGAGCUUUUGCAACAGUAUGCAUCAUUAGAUAUUUUGAAGGAAGUGGAAGAAACCAAAUCUUUGAUAGGGAAAUGAAUUGUAAUGAAAGCAUUUGAAAUAAGGAAUUGUACAGUGUUUUUGUAAUUGAUAUCAUUGCUUGUAAAUAUUUUUUUAUUAUUUUUAUUAUGUAAAAAAUAAAUUAUUAGUCAUAUUUUUUAUUAUGAAUGUAAUUUUUAUCUUUCUUAUCACUGAAAAUUAAUGGAAGAGAAUAAGAAACUGGAAGUCCUGCUUA